AUGCUCCAGUACUGUCCAAAUGGCACGUCCAUGGACGUGGUGUGGGACAAACAUGGCGUUUCCCAAUGUUUCAUGGAUACGGUUUCCAUGGGGAUGAUUGGAGGAUUUCUGCUCGUAUUUGGCACGCUGCAACUCAUCAUGUACCUGCGCUAUGCGACGGAUGCUGAUCAUCAGCGAAUCAGAAAGUCCAACUUGUACAACUUCCAACUGUUUCUGCUCGUGGUAAUGCCACUACUCACAGUCACACGGUUCGUGCUGGAAGGAUUCUUCUUUGAAGGAGCGCGCGUGUACGGCUUCAUGAUACUAUCCGUCUUGGUGGCCUUGUUCGUUUACCCGUUCUCGAUCGUGCUGCUGGUAAAAGAGCGCUAUUACCUGUUGCCAUCUGUGCCCACACAUGGCCACGGUUUGGUACUACUCAUUUUCUGGACGAUGGUGUUUGUGGUACAAAACGCUGCGUUCAUUAAUCUUAACUACCAACAUGGAUGGUUCCGGCUAGACACGCUGCAAGAUAAGGUGGAAUUCGUCAUGUUUGUCUCGCGGUACGUGAUCACGAUGCUACUGUUCGUGAUUGGGCUGAAAGCACCCGGCAUAUCAUCGGCCAGGUUCUCCGAGGAGUACCAAACGAUGCUCCCGGUGCAGGAAAAUCGGUCCACAUUCAGUAAUGCUUGGACCAAAAUGCGCACUCUGUUACCAUUUCUGUGGCCGAAAAAGGAUGUGCUACUGCAGUUUCGAGUCCUGUUUUGCUUCGUCCUACUCCUCGCCGGACGCGUGAUCAAUCUGUACGUGCCGAUUUACAACAAGAAGAUAGUCGACAGUUUGACCGAAAAACCGGUGGUGUUCCGCUGGGAUUGGAUCCUGAUGUACGUCGGGUUCAAAUUCCUCCAAGGAGGCGGCACAGGAUCGAUGGGAUUGCUCAACAAUUUGCGCAGCUUUCUUUGGAUCCGCAUUCAGCAGUACACGACGCGAGAAAUCGAACUAGAGCUGUUCCGCCAUCUCCACAGUCUAUCGCUGCGGUGGCAUUUGAACCGCAAAACGGGCGAAGUCCUGCGCGUUAUGGAUCGCGGCACGGACAGCAUCAACAAUUUGCUAAACUACAUUCUUUUCUCCAUCACACCGACGAUCGUGGACAUUUUGAUUGCAGUCGUGUUCUUCAUCAUGGCCUUUAAUUGGUGGUUCGGAUUCAUCGUUUUUCUAACGAUGACAUUAUAUAUCGCUGCUACGAUUCUGGUGACGGAGUGGCGCACGAAAUUCCAACGCCGCAUGAACUUGGCCGAUAACCAGCAAAAGGCGCGCAGUGUCGAUUCGCUACUCAACUUCGAAACGGUCAAGUACUACGGCGCUGAGCAGUACGAGGUUGACUGUUAUCGGGACGCGAUUCUGAAGUUUCAGGACGAAGAAUGGCGUUCCAUUAUCACGUUGAAUAUUCUCAACACAAUGCAAAAUAUCAUCGUUUGCGGUGGGCUGCUGGCUGGUUCACUUCUGUGCGCGUAUCUCGUGGUGUACGAGGAAGGUUUAACCGUAGGAGACUACGUUUUGUUUGCCAGCUAUAUUAUCCAGCUUUAUGUCCCUCUGAAUUGGUUCGGUACAUUCUACCGUGCAAUUCAGAAAAAUUUUGUUGACAUGGAAAAUAUGUUUGAUCUGAUGCGCGAAGAUCAAGAAGUACUCGAUGCCCCGGGAGCAAGUGAGCUGCUGGUCGUCCGUGGCGGAAUAGAUUUCAACGAUGUUACGUUCGGUUACAACGCCGAACGGUUCGUGCUGCGCAAUGUUAGCUUCACCGUACCCGCCGGUAAAACGGUGGCCAUUGUUGGCCCUUCGGGUGCGGGUAAGAGUACGAUAAUGCGGCUUCUGUUCCGGUUCUAUGAUAUCGACAGUGGUUCGAUAUCGGUAGACGGACAGAACAUCAAAACCAUCCGCCAAGCCUCUCUGCGGCAAGCGAUCGGUGUAGUGCCACAAGAUACGGUACUGUUCAACAAUACGAUCAAGUACAACAUCCAAUAUGGGCGGGUGGGUGCGCCAGACGCAGAUGUUAUUAUGGCAGCGAGAAGUGCCGACAUUCACGAUCGGAUUCUCACAUUCCCGGAGAAGUACGACACGCAGGUUGGUGAGCGGGGACUGCGAUUGAGUGGAGGCGAAAAACAACGAGUGGCGAUUGCGCGAACCAUCCUAAAAGCUCCAUCGAUUGUGCUGCUAGAUGAAGCGACGAGCGCGCUGGAUACACAAACGGAACGGAACAUCCAGUCGGCUCUGGCAAAGGUGUGCGCCAACCGAACAACGAUCAUUAUCGCGCAUCGUCUGUCGACGAUCAUUCACGCGGACGAGAUUAUUGUGCUGAAAGAAGGAUCGAUUGUGGAACGAGGACGCCACGAUUUGCUGCUCGAACGGGAUGGAGUGUACGCUGAAAUGUGGAAUCAGCAAUUGAAAAAUCUGGAAUUAGGACCAAACGCCGGGAACGAUGGCGCAGAAACUAGCGAGCAACUAGCUAAUGGUACGCCAAAUGGAACGCCCAACAAACUCCCUGCAAUAGCACCAGCAAACAAUCAUCGUCAUCAUCAUCAUUGAAACUUUGUUUAAAGCUUGUUAGCGGGUCCUUUUUCCAUUGCAGUAGCGAAUGAUAUGUGAUAGUGCAGGCCUGAAUCGGAAAAAUACAAUGGAACAUUUUAAACCAACCAUUCGAAUUACGUGCAAAUUGACUCUUAACGUGUAUGUGUACAA